AUGCUUGAAACAAAGAAUUCAACAUUUCUGUCACAAGACUGUCAGGAUAUUCUAUGGUCAGGAACCACAGCUAAUGGUGUGUAUACUGUCUACCCGAAAGGUACGGGCGGAUUCAGAGUUUUCUGUGAUAUAAAGACCAAAGGAGGCGGAUGGACAGUUUUUCAAAGACGACAGAGUGGAAAAAUUGGAUUCAACAGAUAUUGGAAGGAAUACAAGUAUGGUUUUGGUGUUCCAAGUGACGAACAUUGGAUAGGUAACCAACGAAUACAUCAACUGAUAUCUCAGGGUUGGUAUGAGCUGAGAGUGGAUCUGUCAGACUUUAAAAACCAAAGAAGACAUGCUUAUUAUCGAACAUUCUCUCUCGGUAACGAAGCCUCUAGCUACCGUUUGACUGUCGGGGAAUAUGAAGGAAACGCAGGCGAUUCUCUGACAUAUCAUAAUGGUCGACCAUUCUAUACACGAGACCGUCAAGACAGCAACGGUUGUCAAAAGGCGUACAAAGGGGGUUGGUGGUAUAAUCAUUGUCACCAGGCCAACCUGAAUGGUCUAUACCUAAAGGGACAUCAUUCUUCAUUUGCUGACGGUGUGAACUGGAAACAUUGGUUGGGGUAUCAUUACUCUUUGAAAACCACAGAAAUGAAAAUUCGGAGACAGUAG